AUGGCCACCACGGCAUCUGCAGUCAAGGAGGCUGUCAAGGGGGCGGUCCUCGGCAGCUCCGACCAAGGCGCUGUCGGUCCGUCUCUCCAGAGCAAGGCGCGCUUCACGAGGAAUGCGGUAAAGGACGAGGCUGGCGAGCUGUUCAUGGGCCCGGACGAGUUUAUCAAUGCCGUGGCUCCUGAGCAGGAGGACUUUCACAAAAUCCGCCGCGAACAGUACCUGAUCCUCUUCCGCGUCGCCGACCGUCGCGGGCAGGGCAAGGUCUCCCUCAGCGACUGGCAUGUCUUUGAAAACAUCCUCGCCAAGCCCGACGCCGAGUACGAGAUCGCGUUUCGUCUUUUCGACGUGGAGCGCACCGGCAACGUCAAGUACGAUGACUUCCGCCGCCUCUACGAGCUCAAUAAGGGCCCCGAGAAUAUCCCCUUUGACUGGGACUGCCAAUGGGCCAAGCUCUACAUCGGCAGCAGCUCCAAGCGCCACAACCUCGACUACCCCCAGUUCUCCCAAAUGUUGCGCGGCCUCCAGGGCGAGCGCAUCCGCCAGGCCUUCCACCUAUUCGACAAGGACGGCGACGGCUAUAUCGAGCCUGACGAGUUUGAGCGCAUCAUCCUCGAGACCUCCAAGCAUAAGCUCUCAGACCACCUCCUCGACAACCUCCACACCCUCUGCAACAUCUCCAAAGGCUCCAAGAUCUCCUACGCCAACGUCCGCGCCUUCCAGAACAUGAUCAAGGAGAUGGACCUAGUCGAGCAGAUUGUCCGUCGCGCCGUCAAGCGGAGCUCCGACGGGAAGAUUACCCGCAUUGAGUUCCUUCACGAGGCCGCCAAGGUCACCCGCUUCUCCCUCUUCACUCCCAUGGAGGCCGACAUCCUCUUCCACUUUGCCAGCCUCGACGAGCCCUCGGGCCGCCUCGGCCUGCGCAACUUUGCCAAGGUCCUAGAUCCCUCAUGGCGAAACCCGAUCGAGUCGCUUGACGAGAUCGCCAAGGCUAUCAAGCCAGCCCGCGGCAGCAUCCUCCACAGCAUCCUCGAGUCCGCCUACAAUUUUGGUCUCGGUAGUUUGGCUGGUGCUUUUGGCGCGUUCAUGGUGUACCCCAUUGAUCUGGUCAAGACUCGUCUGCAAAACCAGCGCGGUGCUCAACCGGGCCAGCGCCUGUACAAGAACUCGAUCGACUGCUUCCAAAAGGUCGUCAAGAAUGAGGGCUUCCGCGGUCUCUACUCUGGUGUUCUUCCUCAGCUUGUCGGUGUCGCCCCUGAAAAGGCCAUCAAGCUGACUGUUAAUGACCUCGUCCGCACCCACUUUACCAACAAGAAGGGCGAGAUUAACCUCUGGGCCGAGAUUUUUGCUGGUGCCAGCGCUGGUGGUUGCCAAGUCGUCUUCACGAACCCCCUCGAAAUCGUCAAGAUUCGCCUCCAGGUCCAGGGCGAGGUCGCCAAGACUGUCGACGGCGCCCCCAAGCGCUCUGCCAUGUGGAUUGUCCGCAAUCUCGGUCUUGUUGGCCUCUACAAGGGUGCCUCGGCAUGCUUGCUCCGCGACGUGCCCUUCUCCGCCAUUUACUUCCCGACCUACAGCCACUUGAAGAAGGACUUUUUCGGCGAGUCGCCGACUCACAAGCUGAGCGUCCUGCAGCUGCUCACCGCCGGUGCAAUUGCCGGCAUGCCGGCCGCCUACCUGACGACACCAUGCGACGUGAUCAAGACACGCCUCCAGGUGGAGGCUCGCAAGGGCGAGGCCCAGUACACCGGCCUGCGCCACGCCGCCAGGACCAUCUGGAAGGAGGAGGGCUUCACUGCCUUUUUCAAGGGUGGCCCCGCGCGCAUCUUUCGCUCAUCUCCACAGUUUGGCUUCACCCUUGCCGCCUACGAGGUCCUCCAGAGCGUCCUGCCCAUGCCAGGCAGCAAGAAGGCCGAGCUGCCCAAGGUGACGGCCGGAGCCGCGGAAGCGGCGGCCGCGAUCCAGGACACGACGCCAUUUGGUCGUAGCCGCAACGCGCUCAAGAUCAUCCUCGAUCUCGACGAAGACUUUGGCCGCGCCAAGCUGCCUAGCGAACAGGGCUGGAAGACGCUGCCUCGGGCCAUCGGUGGCGGCGGCGCGACGGCGUAA